CUAAUCUACAACAUCAACAUACGCAGCACACUGUCGAAACCAAUUGAUCAGAUGAGUAUAAAUACUGGAAAUUCAACUUCUAUCGUUUGUUUAUAGUCUCAACUGUUACUGAAACGAUUCAAAAUGGCAGGCAAAUUCAGUUUAAUCUUCCUUUCCUUCUGUUUGGUUUCUACAAUCGCUGUACCACAAAAACCAAUCAACCAGAUUGGUUCUAUUACUGAUUUACUUAAGCUAUUGGUGAAAUUUGUCGAAAACUUUCUUGACAACCUCAUUACAGACGUUAAUAAGUUCAUUGACCAAUUGGGUACUGACUAUGACGGCUUUCACAGCAAAGUUGUUGACGUCACCAAAGAAUUUCUUGUGAACAUUGUUCGUCGCUUAAAACCAGCCUUCGAUAGUAUCGCCGCAAAAAGCUCCCCAACAGGACAAAAAUUGGCAACAUGUGUUGAAAAUAAUGACGAAAAAAUCAUCUCUGUAGCUGUUGACUUUUUCGACGCAACUAGUUCUUGCGCUGGUUCUCAUUUCGUUGACAUGCUCAACACUAUAAAGCCGAUAGUUAAGGAUCUUACUGGUGUUCAAGCUGAUGCUAAAAAGGCUGCUGACCAAAUUAACAGUUGCGGUGAUGAUGACAUUGCUUGCCUUAUUCAAGUUGUUCUUGAUUUGCUUCAAGUCGUUGCUGAAAUUCCCGAUGCAAUUUCAAAAGACGUUGGUCCUUUACUCAGCUCUAUCGAAGUCUACAUAAAAGCCUUGGCUGAUUGUUACAAACAAAACGAAGACUCUUUCUAUACCAACGGUGGUGCCGCUUUAGAAGCUGUAGCUACAUGCGCUGCUGCUUAAUUUGACUAAGAUUUAUUGUGACCGAUGUAUGAAUGUAUUUUAAUAAAUUAACAAUUAAGUA